GCCGGCUCCCUCGCCCGCCAGCCUGGGAAAGUGGGUUAGGGGGGGCAGGAGCUCCGCUCGGACACCGGCAAAGGAGCAUCCAGCCCCGGGCGGACCGGAGAAGAGCACCUUCCUUCGGCAGCUUUCUCUUCCUCUCUCCUGGGGGGGGGGGGUUUAUAUUUGCACUCUCUCCUUUUCAAUUUUGUUCCCUUGACUUUCCUCCCCACCUCGGGUUUUACGAGAGCUUUGUUGAGUCUUGGAGGGAAGACACCACUGAGCCAGGCAGAGAGCGAGGGAAAGUGGCAAGGAGCACAAAUUGGCAAGCCCGUUCCGCCUUGGCCGUUGAUGAAAGCCCUGUGUUUGUAAAGCCCUCUCGGCGUGAGCAGCACGCACACACCCUCCAGAGUACGCGGCGGACCUGCACCUCGGCGUGGCCACCAUGGUCGGCAGAGUUCAGCCUGAUCGGAAACAGUUGCCGCUGGUCCUACUGAGAUUGCUCUGCCUUCUUCCCACAGGACUGCCCGUUCGCAGCGUGGAUUUUAACCGAGGCACGGACAACAUCACCGUGAGGCAGGGGGACACGGCCAUCCUCAGGUGUGUUGUAGAAGACAAGAACUCGAAGGUGGCCUGGUUGAACCGAUCUGGCAUCAUUUUUGCUGGACAUGACAAAUGGUCUCUGGACCCUCGGGUUGAGCUGGAGAAACGCCAUUCUCUGGAAUACAGUCUCCGAAUCCAGAAGGUGGAUGUCUAUGAUGAGGGUUCCUAUACUUGUUCGGUUCAGACACAGCAUGAGCCCAAGACCUCCCAAGUUUACUUGAUCGUGCAAG